AUGCCCUCCAUCUCGCGGAGAGAAGACCGAGAACGGGAGAACAGGACGUACAGACUGCUCCAAGCCAAGGUCCGGGCCGAAGCCGAAGCCGAAGCCAAGCGUCAGGCCGCUGCAGAAGUUCAACAGCGAGGACCAGCCCUCGACGAGGCUGAGCAGAGGCAGGUGAGGUUCUCGGACACGCCAGAGACAUUUCAUUACACGGCAUCGACACCCAAAGGACAGGGCAGCGAGGACUGGGGUAGCAAAGACGACGAGGAAACGGCCGUCAGUCAAGAGCUGUAUGAGGAUCAUCAUCAUCAUCAUCAGAAGCAGCAGCAGCCGGCCGGAGGCCAUCGCGGCGAGAACCCGAAAAAGUACACCUUCCGAGACGCCAUACUUGUCGCGAGCGGAGCCACGCUCAACUGGACGACGUCGCAUCACCAGGACUGCAGAGGCGCUGGCAGUCCCGAAUUUGCGCACCCGGGCCACGGCAACAACAACAACAACAACAAGCCUGGCAGGCCGGGUUUCUUGCUGCGUCUUGUGCGUUUCUUCAUCCGGCACUACUGUGUCGUCCUGGCGGUCCUGCUUGGUAUCAUCUCGUGGGCGGCGCUGGCCUGGUUCUGUGACGUUGUGCAGACCCGAAUAAGAAGCUUGGCGGACUUGCUUUCCUCGCCGCUCGCAUGGCCGCAGGCCGCCCUUUCAGGCCUGAUGGGUUCUGCGUGGGGUCUGUUGUUCCCGUCGGCGCACGAUGCCAGUCCCUGGAGCCCCUCCUCUCCUCCCGCCGCCGCCGACUUCUCCCCCAUGGUUCCCGACCUCAGCACCGUCCUCGGCGUCGUCCACCGGACCGGGUCAGGUGUGAAGGCGCUGUCCGAGAUGACAACCAGCGUGCAGCAGGACACGCAACUGAAUUCUGCCAUGGAUUUCCUGUUCAACAUGUAUGAGGCGACUGAUCUACACUGGAUAGCACACCUCCGAGAAGAAGAGCUAGGCCUGUCCCACCUGACGUUGCAGCUCCAAGACUUUGCCGAGAGGGCAGGGCGCAAACAGCGGGUGCCUUUGCCCCGGUUCCUGUGUCGGGUCCCUCUGUUAAGCGGUCUGGAAACAUGCAGGGCGUCUGUAGACCGGUUUGACGUGCAGAUGCAAGCCGUCCUCGACUUCCUGUCUGAGGCCAAGGAGUACCGGAGCAGUGUGUACAACAAACACAUGACGGCACCUGUCAUGCACAAGGUCAGCAGGUUGGUUUGCAGGCUGGGCGACAGGUUUAGCUAUGUCAGUCUUGGCCUGAGGGAGACGGUGCCCGACGCGGACGAGGCCGGGUCACCUCUCAUGGAUGCCCAUGUCCUCGAGACCUAUCUGCAAGACCAGCAAGACGGCUUGCGCAUGUCCUGUCACGUCAUUGUGGACAUUGGGUCGGAAAUGGCAGACAAACGCAAGCAGAUGGAUGACGACGUCAAGAUGCUGACCAGGAUGACCAAGUCGAUAGGGCAUGUACGGCGCAGCGUGGCGGACAACACACUCCAGCUGAACCGCGCGUGUAAGGCGGUGAUUAAGGACCUGGGGAUGCUGACGGAGAGGUUGAAUUCGUGGUAG